GUGGAAGGUGGGGAAAGAUAUUCCUAGGGGACACUUGAUAGUACAAAACUAAUUCUAAUUUUAUCUCUCAUAAUAACUACACUAACCAACUUAUAGAUUCUGUCUUUACUCAGAAGAUUCUUCGAAAUUACAGAUCAGAAACACUUGCAACGAUUUGAUGCAUAUUUUAAAGAAAACAAUAGCUCAAAAAUUCGAUUUCUGGAAUCCCAAAUUCCAAUUCUUCCGGUGUCAGUAGUUUCGAGAUGAACGACGGUUUGUUCUUCAAGAUAAAACUCCUUCUCCGAUCUCGUACAGUCCCAGUAAUUUUCUUGAGGCGUUUCUCUUACAAGACCAUAAAGCGAGCCACAAACGAUUUCAGUAGAGUUAUUGCGACUUCUUCCAAUGGGACUUCUUAUAAAGCUCGAUUUGAAGGCGAUCAUGCUGCUGUGGUGAAAGAAAUACAUCUGAUUGAUCAAGAAGAUGAUUUCUUCUAUCGGGAGGUCCAAAUUUUGGGACGUUUGAAUCAUCGUCAUGUUGUUUCCCUUACUGGAUUUUCUGUAGGCCAAAAGAAGUUUCUCAUCUUUGAGAACGUAGAAAAUGGAAGCCUCAAGGAACAUUUGAAUGAUCCAUUGAGGACCCCUUUGAAUUGGAGAAUCAGAUUAAAGAUAGCCGUUGGUGUAGCUGCUGCAUUGGAAUAUCUACAUUUCUUUUGUGACCCUCCGGUAUACCAUGUCUCUAUCAGUUCAAACACAAUCAUGCUAGACGAGAAUUUUGAUGCAAAGCUAUCGGAUGUUGGGCUCCUUGGUUCGGGUAGUGAUCAGGUUAUGGCAUGGAGGACUUCAAGUUCUAAUGAAACAAACGGGCAGGUGUACGGAAACAUAAUGUAUCAACUUGGGUUGUUGAUCCUUGAACUAAUAACGGGUCAGUCAUCAGAGAAAACGGGUCCUGAUUUGAUCCAAUGGAUCGAAGAAUCUUGUUUUCCAACAUCAAUGGAUAACAUGAUCGACCCUGAUCUUGGUAAUAAUUACGAUUCUAGAGAGCUUAAAGGACUGUUAGCAGUAGCAAGAUUUUGCAUAAAAUCAGUGGAUAAACCGAAUGCAUACAAUUACACUCCACAGAUAUAUAGGUAUCUACAGAGGAAGGUGGUGAAUGAUCUUGUUUUGUUUUUUUAA